GACCAAAUGACGAAUUACUUAGCCACAAAAUUGACACUCCACCAACAAUCGAUACAUCAACCAUCGUGCUGCCAUUUUCUCGUUUGGUGGCUGGUGCAUGCCAUGAGUUCUGGUAUCUGUGUUGUCGGACUUCGACCGAUCAGAAUCCAGGAAGCUUACUGGGUCAAUUUUUUAGUCAAGUAGGCAUCUUACAACUUACUUGGUGGGGGGAGACCGGCAGCUGCUGACUUCCUGUGACUAACGACUUCUUUUUAUUUUUAGUGUUUAAUUCUGCGUCUACCUUCUACCAGGAAGAUUAUUCACAAGAAGAAAAGAAUGAAAGAAACCAAUAUGGAUGAAUUUUGAAAAUCCUUGUCUUAUGAUUUCUGGUAUAAAGGGCAAAUGGUUAGACUAUCUCGUUAUAAAGUACGACGGCUAUGGAUGAAUUUUGUAGCUUAUCGUACACCCGUUUCUUGCAGCAGAUUCCAACAAUGUAGCUUCUCAGUUCAGUGCGCUCAAGUGGCCUACGAACGUGAGAAUGAUGUGCUCCCAGCAGGUCCAGAGUUCAACUCUCAUGCGUAUGCCCGCCUGCUUCAGGACUGUGAUUGCAACGGUGAGGCAUCAAGAAGAGGGAUGGGUGUUCACUGUGACAUCCUGAAGAGGGGUGGCUGUUUGGAUCUGUUUGCUUGGAACAUUCUUCUUAAUAUGUAUGUCAAAUCAGAUCUCUUGCUGGAGGCACGCAGAUUGUUUGAUGAAUUGAGGGAGAGAAAUACGGUUUCGUUUGUUACCUUAAUUCAUGGUUAUGCGCAAUCCCACCAGUUCACUGAGGCAAUGGAGUUAUUUCGCAGACUUCAUAGAGAAGGUAACGAACUUAACCCAUUUGUCUUCACAACUAUACUAAAACUGCUUGUGAGUAUGGAACUUGCAGAGCUUGGUUGGCAGGUCCACGCCUCCAUUUUAAAGCUUGGUCAUGACUCCAAUGCAUUUGUUGCGACGGCUCUGAUUGAUGCCUAUUCUGUUUGCGGGCUUGUCCAUGGUGCUAGGGAGGUAUUCGAUAACAUCGUCGAGAAGGACAUGAUUUCUUGGUCUGGAAUGAUAGCAUGCUAUGCUGAAAAUGAUUACUUCGAGGAGGCUCUAGAAGUCUUCCAUCAAAUGAGGAAAGUUGGCUUGAAGCCAAAUAACUUUACUUUUGCUAGUUCACUUAAAGCCUGCGCUGGCCUGGCAUCUCUUGACUUGGGUAAGAGCCUUCAUGGGUGUGCGUUAAAAACUCGAUAUGAGCUGGAUCCUUACGUGGGUGUUUCUUUGCUAGAGUUGUAUACAAAAUGUGGAGACGUUGAUGAUGCUCAGAUGGUUUUUGAAGAGAUGCCGCACAAGGAUGUGAUUCUUUGGAGUUUCAUGAUUGCGCGUUAUAGUCAGAGCAAUCGAAGUGAAGAGGCUAUGAAGCUAUUUUGUCAGAUGAAGCAAGCCUUUGUGGUACCCAAUCAGUAUACAUUUGCCAGUGUUUUACAGGCCUGUGCUACCAUGGAGGAUCUCGAACUCGGUAAGCAAAUACAUGGCCAUGUUAGGAAGGUAGGACUUGACUCAGAUAUUUUUGUCAAAAACGCCCUUAUGGAUGUCUAUGCUAAAUGUGGAAGGAUGGAGGAUGCAAUGGAACUGUUUGGUAAGUCGCAUCUUAGAAAUGAUGUCACCUGGAAUACAGUGAUUGUUGGGUACGUGCAAUUAGGGUAUGGUGAGGAAGCACUGAGACUCUUCUCUGAGAUGCACAAUGACCAAAUACAGUCAACUCAGGUUACAUAUUCCAGUGUUCUUCGUGCUUGUGCAAAUUUAACAGCAUUAGAGCCAGGAGUUCAGAUUCAUUCUUUAAUUGUCAGAACAUUUUUUGACAAAGAUAUGGUAGUUGACAAUGCUCUGAUUGACAUGUAUGCCAAGUGUGGAAGUAUUAAAGAUGCCCGUCUUGUCUUUGAUACAAUGCAUGACCGAGAUGAAGUUUCAUAUAAUUCUAUGAUAUCUGGGUAUUCUCUUCAUGGCUUGAGUGAUGAUGCUUUAAGAAUUUUUGAACGGAUGAGAGAAGAAGAUAUCAAACCAAACAAGAUAACCUUUGUUGGUGUAUUAUCAGCAUGUAGCAACACUGGUUUGGUGUAUCAAGGUCAAUCUUAUUUCAAUUCUAUGGUUCAGGAAUAUGGCAUUGAACCAUGCAUAGAGCACUAUACAUGCAUGGUAUGGCUUUUAGGGCGUGCUGGUCGUCUUAAUGAAGCUGUGAAAUUCAUUGAGGAAAUUCCUUUUGAGCCAAGUGUUAUGGUGUGGCGUGCUUUACUUGGUGCCUCUGUAAUUCACAAUGAUAUUGAGCUUGGAAGAGUUUCCGCACAACAUGUGCUUGAUAUGGAACCCCAUGAUGAGGCCGCCCAUGUGUUACUCUCCAAUAUGUAUGCCACCGCCAGAAGAUGGGAUAAUGUAGCUUCCAUCAGAAAAUACAUGAAAAGGAAAGGAGUAAAGAAAGAACCUGGUCUUAGCUGGAUUGAAAAUCAAAGUGGCGUUCAUUAUUUCACUGUAGGUGAUAGAUCACACCCUGACAUACGGGCAAUCAAUGGGAUGCUGGAAUGGUUGAAGAUGAAAAUUAAAAAYGCUGGUUAUGUACCCAACUGUAAUGUUGUUUUGCUUGAUGUGGAAGAGGACGAAAAAGAACGCCUCUUGUGGGUUCACAGUGAGAGAUUAGCCUUGGCUUUUGGGCUUGUUAGCACACCACCCGGAAGUCCAAUUCGUAUCAUCAAGAAUCUCCGCAUAUGUAUCGAUUGCCAUGCUGCAAUCAAGUUUGUGUCCAAGGUAGUCCAGCGUGAAAUAAUUGUGAGAGAUAUGAACCGCUUUCAUCAUUUCAACAAUGGUAUUUGCUCAUGUGGUGAUUAUUGGUGAUGGUUGUGAACCAGGAGUCCUGUGAAUGAUUGUGUUACCAGAUUUUAGUUAAUAGCAGGCAGGGUUGCUUGGUUCUCUGUCA